CGUCUACUUUCAGUCCCCACGUCCCGGGAGGGAGUUUGGAUUUCUGUCCUUACUCUGCCCAGGUGGGGCUGCAGCGCGGGCUGGACGCUAGACUUCCACCUGCAGAAGCCACGUGGCGCGAGGAGUGGCCUCGGGCUCUCCCCGCAGGUCCCCAGGGCCUUCGUGUGCUAGGCCAAGGGGCCGGGGCGUUUUGAGCUGUGUGCCCACCUCCACACCCUUUACCUGAAUAUCCAAAUGCCGACUAAAUGGACCUCUCAUUCAGUGAAUACUUGAAUGCCUUCCUCAGGCAGGCACUGUGCUAGGCACCAGGGCUACAGUGGUGAGCAAGACGAACACAGCCCUGACUUGGAGGAGCUUUUGGCCUAGUGGGGGAGUCCACAGUUUUGUGUCUUAGCAAGAUGGAGGCUGACCUGUCUGGCUUUAACAUCGAUGCUCCCCGUUGGGACCAAUGCACUUUCCUGGGGCGGGUUAAGCACUUUUUCAGUAUCACGGACCCCCGAACAGUCCUGGUGCCAGAGCGGGAGCUGGACUGGGCCAAGAUGAUGGUGGAGAAGAGCAGGAUGGGGGCUGUGCCCCCAGGAACCCAAGUAGAGCAGCUGCUAUAUGCCAAGAAGCUGUACGACUCAGCCUUCCACCCCGACACCGGGGAGAAGAUGAACAUCAUUGGGCGGAUGUCCUUCCAGGUCCCUGGGGGCAUGAUCAUCACAGGCUUCAUGCUCCAAUUCUACAGGACGAUGCCAGCGGUGGUCUUCUGGCAGUGGGUGAACCAGUCCUUCAAUGCCUUAGUCAACUACACCAACAGGAAUGCGGCUUCCCCCACGUCAGUCAGGCAGAUGGCCCUUUCCUACUUCACAGCCACAACCACUGCCGUGGCCACUGCUGUGGGCAUGAACAUGUUGACAAAGAGAGCUCCACCUCUCGUGGGCCGCUGGGUGCCCUUUGCCGCUGUGGCAGCAGCUAACUGUGUCAACAUCCCUAUGAUGAGACAGCAGGAACUCAUCCAGGGCAUCUGCGUGAAGGACAGGAAUCAAAAUGAGAUUGGUCAUUCCCAGAGAGCUGCAGCCAUAGGCAUCACCCAAGUGGUUAUUUCUCGGAUCACCAUGGCAGCCCCUGGCAUGAUCUUGCUGCCAGUCCUCAUGGAACAACUAGAGAAGCUGCAGUUCAUGAAGAAAGUCAAGGUCCUACAUGCCCCGUUGCAGGUCAUGCUGUGUGGGUGCUUCCUUAUCUUCAUGGUACCAGUGGCAUGUGGGCUCUUCCCACAGACAUGUGAAUUGCCAGUUUCCUAUCUGGAACCUAAGCUCCAAGACACCAUCAGGGCCAAGCAUGGAGAACUUGUGCCUUAUGUCUACUUCAAUAAGGGCCUCUAAAUGCCCCGCCCCAGCAAGGACCAGCCUACAUCCAAAUUCACCAACUCCUCCUUAGCUGCCGUGCACACCUGGACCCUCAUUCCUCUUUGCCUAUAAUUCCUGAGGAUCAGGGUGGAUUUGGGGUGGGUGGGAAGAGGCCUCAUGCCUCCAGCCCCGGUACCUGUUUUAUCAGAUUCCAGGGGAUGAAAGUGAACAAGGGGGCCAAAGAUCAAAGCCUUGUAUCUACCCCCUACUUCCAACCCCCAUUCCUCGGAGACUAGGAACUGGGGUCUUCUUAAGGAGAAGAUGCUGGUGCCUGGGAGAGAUACUCAAGCUAACCAUUUAGGGGAAUUAGGAAACCGUAGGGAUUCUGGGUUCCAACCAAGUUUGAGGAAAGGCCCCUGGAACCCAGAGAAACCCCUAGUGUUGUCCCUUGUCUUACUUUUCCUCCUCUCCUAAGCAGUGGUGCCUUUUACCCAUGCAAUUCUAACCUCACUCAGGAAGAGGUGGGGAAAAGAAGCCUGUCACCUUGACUUCUCAUCUCCACCCUUCUCUACUCUCCUCCCCAUUGCCCUGGUCUGAAAGCUUCUUUGGGAGUGCUGUUAAACUUGAGUUUCUCAGGCAGUAAAAAAAGGCCAUUGUGCUGGGCAGCGGAGUUUCACAGUAUUUCAGUCCCUACCUAUUGACACAGACUUUGUUCUCUUGUCCUGAAAUCAUGUCCAAAUCUAUUCUUGGGAUCGUCUCUCUGAUUCUGGAAGUUUUCUUCCUCCCAGGGCCUCAUACCUCUGUUUUAAAAGAUAAAUCCACUAACUGUGAAUGAACAGCAUAUACAUAGGCAUUAACCUCACAUUUUAAUGAGUAUAAUUUCCUGGCUGCCUCCCUUCUUCAGCCCAUUGGGUUAGACACCAAAGCAAGACUAGCGUGUGCUGAAUGGGAAAGGGAAGUUUCCUUUGGACACCUCCAAGAGGAAAUCAACCAGAACCAAAGAGCCUUAAAGUGCACACAGCAAAGCAAAGCCACUUCCCGUCCCCAGCUUGGCUUCCCUAGGCGAUUUCUCUAGCUCCUCAGGGAGUGCUGUGGCUUACCUGGGGUUAAUGUGUUUAUGAAUUUUGUCUGGUAGAAUUUGCUGACUCUCUUGAAAGGAUGUCACUGUGAACUGAAUAAAUUUCUUUAAAGAGUACAAUGAACUGUCUGCAAACUAAUAAGGCCACCUGCCUUCAACUUUGGCCUUGGCAUGGAGGGUACACAACUAUAUGGGAAGCCUGUCGCUAUGAGUCUGAAUCAACUUGAUGGCACACCACCUGUUUUUGUGUACCUGGGAGCUAAGAAUAUUUUUUCCAUUUUUAAAGGGUUAUAAAAAGGAAAAAAAAAAUGAAGAAUAUGUGACAGAGACUUUAUGUAUGUGGCAUGUGAAGCCUAAAAAAUUAUCUGGCUCUUUACAGAAAGUUUCCCCUGCCUUAGAACAGAGGUUCUUAAGAACAAGCAUCAGAACCACCUGGAAAAUACUAAACUCGUUGCCCUCAAGUCGAUUCUGACUCAUAGGGACCCUAGAGGACAGGGUGGAACUGCCCCGUAGGGCUUCAAAGGAGUGGCUGGUGGAUUCUAACUGCCUACCUUUUGGUUGGGACCUGAGCUCUUAACCACUGCAGGGCUUCAAGAAUCACCUGGAGGACUUGUUAAAACAGACUGUGGGUUUUUGAUGUUUUCAACCCAACCCCAGAGUUUCCGAUUCUGUAGCUCUGGGGCAGGGCCUGAGAAUUUGCAUUUCUAAUAAUUUCCUAGUGAUGCUGGUUCUAUAGGUCUGGGAACCACACAGUGAGGGCCAUUCCUUUAGAGGGAAAGGACCUCCUCCCUGAGGCCAAGGUAUAAUGUUGAUUCCAACUCCUGGUAACCCCAUGUGUGUGAGAGAGUAACUGUCUUCCAAAGGGUUUUAAAUGCCAGAUUUUUUGAAAGUAGAUCAUUAGGACUUUCUUCUGAGGCACCUCUGGGUGGGCUUGAACCUCUCUAACCUUUCUGUUAGCAGCCAAGGGUGUUAACCAUUAACCAUCCAGGGACACCUGAGGCCGAGGUACUGGCUGCAAUUGGAUUUUUUCCCCUAUUUUUAAAAAAUUGGUGUGUAAUCCCCAUACCAUAAAAUUCACGCUUUUCAAGUGUACAAUUCCAUGGUUUUUAGUAUAUUCACAAAAUUGUGCAACCAUCACCACUGUCUAAUUCCAGAACAUUUUCAUCACCCCAAAAAGAAACCCUGUAUCCAUUAGCAGUUACUCCCCAUUGCCACCUCCCCUAAGCCACUCACAAAUAUUAUUCUUUCUGUCUUUAUGGACUUGUCUAUUCUGGACAGUUCUUAUAAAUAGAAUCAAACAGUAUGUGGCCUUCUGUCUCUGGCUUCUACUUGUUAGGUGCUGUCAAGUCAGUUCCAAUUCACAGUGAUCCUGUGUACAACAGAAUGAAACAUUGCCCGAUCCUGUGCCAUCCUCACAAUAGUAGGUAUGUUUGAACCCAUAGUUGCAGCCACUGUGUUAGUCCAUCUCUGAGGGUCUUCCUCUUUUUCACUAACCCUCUACUUUGCCAAGCAUGGUAUCUUUCUCCAGGGAUUAGUCCCUCCCAAUAACGUGUCGAAAGUACUUGAGACGAAGUCUUGCCAUCCUCCCUUCUAAUGGGCAUCCUGGCUGUACUUCUUCGAAGACAUAUUUGUUCCUUCUGGCAAUCCAUGGUAUAGUCAAUAUUCUUCACCAACAUCAUAAUUCAAAGGCAUCAAUUCUUCGAUCUUUCUUUUUUGUUGUCCAGUUUUCAUAGCAUAUGUGACAAAAAUACCAUGGCUUGGGCCAAGCACAUCUUAGUCCUUAAAGUGACAUCUUUGCUUUUUGACACUUUGAAGUUGUCUUUUGUGGCAGACUUGCCCAGUGCAAUAUGUCAUUUGAUUCUUGACUGCUGCUUCCGUGGGUGUUGAUUAUGGAUCCAAGUAAAAUGAAAUCCUUGACAAUUUGAAUAUUUUCUCCAUCAUGAUGUUGCUUAUUGGUCCAGUUGUGAGGAUUUUUGUUUUCAUUAUAUUGAGGGGCAGUACCUACUGAAGGCUGUAGUCUUUGAUCUUCAUCAGUAAGUGCUUCAAAUCCUCUACACUUACAUCGAGUAAGGUUGUGUCCUCUGCAUAUCAUGGGUUAUUAAUUAGUCUUCCUCCAAUCCUGAUGCCCUGUUCUUCAUAUAGCUCAGUUUCUCGGAUUAUUUGCUCAGCAUACAAAUUGAAUAAGCAUGGUGAAAGGAUACAACCCUGACGUACACUUUUUCUGAUUUUAAAUCACGCAGUAUCCCCUUGUUCUGCUCGAAUGACUGCCUUCUACUUAGCAUGAUGUUUUCAAGGUUCAUUCAUGUUGUAGUAUGUGCAAUUUGAUUUUAACUGGUGUCUAAGCAGAAAAGUCAGUCUUUGAGCUUGCUGCCUUAGGAUGGGAGACCCAGGCUCCAGUUUCUGUCCAUUUCCAAAGUCACAUAGGAAGAACAUUACCAGAGCUAGCCAGAGCUCAGGAGCAAUUCCCCAUUGAUACUCUUUCAAAACUCUAUACCCUUCCCUUUCUUUCCCAGCUCCUCGAGUCUCCUGGCAUUCUUCCUCUCUUCACAGAUUGUAGCUCUUUUAUUUAUUUAUUUUUGUUGUGGUAAAAAAUACAAAACAUAAAAUUUGCCAUUUUAACCAUUUUUGAGUUUCCAGUUCAGUGAUAUGAAGUACAUUCACAAUGUUGGGCAACCAUUACCAAAAUUCUUCAUCACUCCAAGUAGAAACUCUGUACCCAUAAACAAUCAGUUCUCAACUUUCCUACCCGGUGCCUAAUAACCUUAACCUACUUUCUGUCUCCAUGAAUGUGCCUAGUCUAGAUAUUUCAUAUUAAGUGGGAUCAUACAAUAUUUAUGCUUUUUGUAUCUGGCUUAUUUCGCUUCGCAUAAUGUUUUUAAGGUUCAUCCAUGUUGUAGCAUGUAUUAGAACUUCGUUCUUUUUUUUAAAACUGAAUAGUAUGUA